AUGUGUAAAAUUCGUCAGUAUUUUCUCAACGUCACUUGGGCGAUGGGUACUUGGUGUCUUGUUGGAGCAAAUAUUGAUCGAUUCUUGUGUAGUCAUCAUUCAGUUGCUUAUCGCCGAUUGAGUACACGUCGAACGGCAAAACGUUUUUUGGUCGGAAUUUUCAUUUUCUUUGCACUUCUAUUUAUCGAAGUUACCUAUUGUUUUGAAGCAAGUGUUCCUAAUGUCCCAGUCGCCUGCUAUGGUCGCAAUAUUCCUUGUCGACUCUUUAAUGAUUGGGCAGCUUUAUCAUUCGAUAUCGUUUUACCUAGCAUUUUUUUAGCCAUUUUUGGUUCAUUAACUAUUCGUAAUGUUCGAUUAAGAGUUGUUCAUCCAGUAGUGAGUUCAGUUAAUUCAAACAACACAAACAAUGAUAGACUACCGAUGCGAAAUAAUGAUCGCAAUCUCACUCGAAUGUUAUUAGUUCAGGUAAAUGACACGUUUUUUUUUCAAUCUUUAUUUACAGUCGUUUUGUAAUGUUCAAAUCGUAUAUCAGACUUGAAUCCUGUGACUAAUAUUCAGUCUAUGUUAAGAGUAAAAAAACACAAAUAACAAAAAAUCUUCUUGAUACUUAUCAGUACCUGUUAAUUGAAACUGCUCAAUUAUCUUUUCUUUUUGACAUACUUACUCUUUUCUAAAGCCCUUGAAAUGAGUCUAUAUUAUUAAAAUAGAGGAUUUAUUGAUAUGUAGACUUAUAUCCAUGAUCUUUUAUCAGAGAUCUUUGAGAAUUUUUCUUUGUGUUUGCUUCAAUUACUCUUUCAGUGGUAAAAUUAACUACAAAAAAGCGUGAAAAUAUUUACAGUUAGCUAAUCUUGAACCUAUUUCGGCCGAAGAUUGAUUAUGAACAUAUUGCUGAAUGAUUUUCUUUUAGGUAUUGAUUGUUCUUCUUCUGGAUUUACCAUUCGGAAUUUAUCGUCCGUAUGCCAGUCUAACAUCGGAUCUUUCUAAAAGUAAAUAUCGCGUAGCUGUCGAAAACUUGUCAUAUUCUUUGAUUGUACUGCUUAUAAGUGUCACACAUUCAACUUCUUUUUAUUUGUACACACUCACUGGUUCAGUAUAUCGUGUUGCACUUAAACGUAUUGCAUUUCGUUUUUUCAAUCGAAUUCAACCAAGAAGUUAACAUCCAACAAACAUAUGAACCAUGUUUACAUUGUUAUUAAACUCUUUUUGUCUCUUCAUUGUCUUUUUUCUUCAAUUAUUCAACCUUGUCUCUUAUUAUUGUUUGUGAGUCUUCUUUGGCCAAAUCUUAUUUAUUUCUUAUCUAUUACAUAAUCUCUAUCCGUAUUUCUCUAUCACUUUUAAUAAAAAUCUCUUCAUGAAUUUGUGAAUUCAAAAAUCAUUCGAAAGAAUAAUUAAUCUAAUAAACAAUUAUUCAAUAUUAAACUAUUCUACCUACUUCGGUUGUCUAUUAUCAUAAAUGAAUCUGAUACAAGAUUUCAAAGCAAACGCGGAUGUGAAAGAAAGGUCAUCAUAUUGACGUACUUUCUUGCUCAGAUGCAUGCAGGUGAGCAUGCUAUGAGAACUAUUCAUUUAAUC